AGACCACAAAUUAUAUACCCCUUCAUUCCAUAUCCCUUCAACCUCACAUUCUCCUUCACUUCAACUACUCAACUGUUUCUUAAACCACUUGUUACAUAAGUGGUAGAUUGCAGACGAUUUUUGACGUCGGGUAAUUGUGCAAAAGAAGAUGGGAGAAUUGACAGGGUUCCAGUUGGGUGUUAUUGGUGCAUUGUUUUUAUCAGUGGCAUCAUCAGUGUCUAUUGUUAUAUGCAAUAAAGCUUUGAUGAGCAAUCUUGGUUUUCCUUUUGCUACAACAUUGACAAGUUGGCAUCUGGUGGUAACAUAUUGCACACUUCAUGUCGCGCAUCGUUUGAAUUUCUUCGAAAACAAGAGAAUCGAUAUGAAGACGGUGAUCUUGUUCGGUAUCCUAAACGGGGUUUCAAUUGGUUUUCUUAACUUGAGCCUCGGCUUUAACUCCAUUGGCUUUUAUCAGAUGACCAAACUUGCCAUCAUACCUUUUACCGUCCUCUUAGAAACUCUUUUCUUGAAAAAACAGUUCAGCCAGAAAAUAAAGUUAUCGCUUUUCGUCCUACUUUUGGGAGUCGGCAUAGCGUCAGUGACAGAUCUUCAGCUCAAUUUUGUUGGCACAAUUCUCUCCCUUCUAGCUAUUGCCACCACAUGUGUUGGUCAAAUUCUGACAAACACAAUCCAAAAGAGACUAAAUGUGUCAUCAACUCAACUGCUGUAUCAAUCAGCACCGUUUCAAGCAGCUAUUCUGUUCGUCACCGGCCCUUUGGUAGAUCAAUAUCUUACCAAGCAAAAUGUUUUUGCUUUCAAAUAUUCACCUCUUGUUUUGGGAUUCAUAAUACUAUCAUGUUUGAUUGCGGUUUCCGUGAACUUCAGUACAUUUUUGGUGAUUGGGAAGACAUCACCAGUUACAUAUCAAGUGUUGGGGCAUUUAAAAACAUGUCUUGUUCUUGGUUUUGGGUAUACUUUGCUACAUGACCCUUUCACAGAGAGAAACAUCAUAGGAAUACUUGUUGCCAUUCUUGGAAUGGGUUUGUAUUCUUAUUUUUGUACCCAUGAAAACAAAAAGAAACAAAUGAUUGAUCUCUCUCCGGGUUCGCAGAUUAAAGAUAAGGAUAGUAACACCCCUCUUUUGGGAAAUCAAGAUAAAGAAAAUCAUUUUGAAGUGAAGAAAGCAACCAAAGACUCCCUUGUUUAAGAUAAAGUGACUGUUAGGGAUUGUUAAAUGUGUUUAUUUCCUUUUUAAUUCAAAUGAGUAUAGUCAAAUUUUGAUUCUUUUAAAUAAAUCCAAAGCUGUUACAUUUGAAUUGGUUUA